AAUAAAAUCUUUCAGAAAUUUCGGUGUGGUUGGUGAUGACGCCUUUGACGUGAACCAUUCCAACUUUUCUUCUUCUUCGAUAUCUCUCCGACCGCCACCGAUCGCCGUUACCCUCCGUCGUAACUGCUCUCCUCCUACUCAUACGCCGAUUCUUUAUCUUUUCCGUUUCGUUUCUGAUCGUCCUUUUGUCUUAUUUGGUGGUGGGUGGCCCACCUUCAAUGUCUAUCACCGAAUUUCCUGCCACCGUCGACUGUGUACACAUCACUACCGGCUCUGCCGCAUCCUCAGCCUCCUAUCCGGACAACGAACACUGCCAGCUCAAUCGCCACCACUCUCAAGGUCAUCGUCAUCCUUGCGUCUUGUCCAAGCGCAAGUUAGAUGACUAUGGUCCUAGUUUCGACGAGGACGACGAGGACGUUCACUUGUUUGACUUAGUUUCUGUUAGGAUGAAGAAGGGCGAAACGUGUGCGAUGGACUCUUCUUUUGAUGGCCGUCUCGGUGAAGGAACUAGCUCCGACUUUGACCAUCGGGGGUUUGAUGAUUCCUCGACGUCUGUGGCGGCAGAAACCUCAACAAAGUCCAUUCUAUAUCCGUACGACUUGCAAUUUUUUGUCAGAACCAUCUCCGUUGGGAAUACUAUGGUAAUGCUUGCGAAUAUUAACGAUACUGUGAUGUCGCUUCAUGAACGGAUUCAAGCGAUUACGCGUAUACCAGUUUUCGAGCAGAGAUUGAUAUAUAGGGGAAGGCAACUCCAGCACGAACAGUCACUCCUCGAAUGUUCGAUACAGAAUAAUGCGGAGCUUCAAUUGGUUGGUCGCAUGAGGAGUACGGAGCAUCCGAAAGCUUGGCAAAUUGUUGACGACAUGGUUUCGUUGGUUCUACGACUUUAUAGAGGUGAAUUUGUGUUUUCUGCCUUGGAAAUCAUCACUACCUUGAUAACUGAUUUCUUAAAUUUGGCUACGGAAGCGGACUUAGAUCCCGCAAUUAAGCAACUCCAGGUUUUCUUGUCCCUCUCUGCUCCAGCAGCGCUAGUGAUGCUUUAUUUGUCUCCGAUCAAAGGUAAUAAAGAGUGUGCCGAAAAUUUGAUUAAGCAUUUUAUGGAUUUGCUUCGUCAUUCAAGUCCCAAAUCGUUGCACAAGUUUUGUGCGAUUAUAGUAUUAGAAUUUUGUAAUUUGCUUAGGAGAGAUACCCCAGAAGAUAGUUUAUACGUUUUAUGCCGCAGUACUCUGGGAUCAUUGUUGGAAACUGAUGGCAUUAUUCGUGGGAUGAGAUGCUUAGAAAGUGUUAGAGGACCCAUCAAAACGCCUGAACUUUUUCCUUUUGUUAAUGAACUGGCGAAUAAAUUGUCCAUCGAUUUAUCCUCGAGCAUACAGGCUCCCACAAAUGCACUUGCAGGGCCUUCCGUGACUGAUAUUCGGGAUUUUACAGCAUUUUUGCUUCCCUUGCGGAAUGUGAUUCUAGAGCAACUGAGUUUUCAUCGCUCCAAGCUUGUGCCACUGUAUAGGGGAGGUUCUAGAGAUCCUUCCUAUGGCGAAGAGGGCGAAUUCCUUCAUAGUAUAUAUAUUGGUUUGUUGAAAAAGAUGGAUAUGUGUCUUCACGGAAUGGAAGCCUUCUUGAUUGAUAAAGGAAAGGGGGACUGUGUAAUCCCCUAUAUUGGAUGGUCUCAGUAUCUUCCAAUUCUAAAAGAAUUGAAUAGCAUCUCCCUUCUUUUUGAGGGUCUUGAAGAAGAAUUUUGGGCAAUCAUGAGGUCUAGGAAAUCUUCUAUUAAUGAGCUUGUUAUUAGAUUUGCAAAACGAACUGAUGAUUACAUGUGGAUUCUUUGCCACAAGGAUAUAAUUGAUUCUGCAUCUAGAAGACAUCUAUCAAUGCUUAUGUUUCCUGAACCAACAGAGGAUUAUGAGGAACUGCAAGAAAUGCUUAUUGAUAGGUCCCACUUAUUGGAAGAAUCAUUCGAGUACAUCACAAAUGCAAGUGUUGAGGCUCUACGCCAUGGACUAUUUAUGGAAUUCAAAAAUGAGGAAGCUACAGGUCCUGGUGUCUUGCGAGAGUGGUUUUUGCUGGUCUGCAAGGCUAUUUUUAAUCCACAAAAUGCACUUUUUGUUGCAUGUCCUAAUGAUCGAAGAAGGUUCUUUCCCAACCCUGCUUCAAAGGUGGACCCCAUGCAUCUCAAUUAUUUCAAUUUUUCUGGCCGAGUUAUUGCCCUUGCUUUGAUGUAUAAAGUGCAAGUUGGUGUUGUCUUCGAUCGUGUUUUUUUCUUGCAAUUGGCUGGAAUGUGUAUCUCCUUAGAAGAUAUACGAGAUGCCGAUCCAUGCUUGUACAAUAGCUGUAAGCAGAUUCUUGAUAUGGACCCUGAGCUUGUUGAUUCAGAUGCUUUAGGACUUACAUUUGUUAGUGAUUUUGAGGAGCUAGGAACAAGAAAAGUUGUGGAUCUUUGCCCUGGAGGCAAAGACAUGGUUGUCAACAGUAAGAAUCGUGAGAAAUAUGUUAAGCUUCUAAUAGAGAACCGCUUCAUGAAAUCUGUCUCUGAGCAGAUAUCAUAUUUUGCAAGUGGUUUUACUGAUAUACUUUCUGGCAAAAGAACACACAAAUGCUUUUUCCAAAGUAUAGAACUUGAAGAUCUUGAUUGGAUGCUGUAUGGGAGCGAAAGUGCGAUCUCUGUUGGAGAUUGGAAGGCACACACUGAAUACAAUGGCUACAAAGAAUCUGAUCCUCAGAUAUCCUGGUUCUGGAAGAUUGUAUAUGGGAUGACACCGGAGCAGAGGAAGAAUCUUCUGUUUUUCUGGACCUCAUUGAAAUACCUUCCAGUUCAGGGUUUUAGUGGAUUGACUUCAAAGCUGUACAUUUACAAAUCCUCAUCUCCAUACGAUCAUCUUCCAUCUUCUCAUACAUGCUUCUACCGUUUAUGCUUCCCUCCUUAUCCCUCCAGGUCUAUCAUGAAAAGUCGUCUUCAAAUUAUCACUCAAGAGCACGUUGGAUGUAGCUUUGGUACAUGGUAACGUAACCCCUUUUGCUUUUGUUUGUAUUCAGUCCUUAGUAUAUUGAAUGGUACAUUGUUGUAUGCACAUAUUUUUGUUCUUGCCCUUGUACAGAAUCCACAGAUAAUGUAAUAACGCUUAAACUCUUAACUCUAUUGCUUUAAGGAUUGAAGCUUUGAAAAUGUAA